AUGCCUUCAGACAAGAACGCUAAGCUACCGAAAGGGAAACAGACCGUCGGCCGCCGGCGGGUCGUCCCCCGCCAAUGGCUCAGAGACCCGCAAGGUCCUCCCUUGCCCGUCCCGCCACCUUGUGGCGUGCGGACCCUAGACGGGCUCAUCUGGGGCCACACACUGUCUGACUUCUUCUGGGUCCAGCGCAUUCCCGACGUCGACGUGUUCACCAUCUGGUCGCGCAGCAUGCUCAAAGAGUUCGGCGAGAACUACAGUGAGAGCGAGUUCGCCAGGCCCGAGCCGCUCCCGCGCGCACGUCGGCCGUGGCCCGUGCUCACGUUGCCCAAAGCACACUACGGCGAGGUAUUCCCACCGCUCGGGGCACUCGACGAAGGCUCUGACCAUGAAGACGACCGCUCUCCGUUUUCGUGGAAGGACGUACGCCGCGACGAGCUCGAGGAAGAGGACCCCGUCCCGGAGGUAGAUGCGAAGGCGCAUCCGCCCGUCAUCAUCGAUGCGACCAACGGGGAUCUCAUGCCGAACGAUCCGUCGUCCCCGAUGAUUUCGCCCCUCGGUGUGCCAUACGCUGCGCUGUGGGCUCCGCAGCUCAGAGAUAGCAUAGAGCUCGCUGAGGAUUUGGUCGCCUGGCCUAGGUUCUCCAUGAUCGGGCCGUUUGAUGACGCGGAGGAUCGCAUUGUGGCCGUCGAUUCGGAGGGCCUCAUGCCAAUGAUACUCAAUGAGCCCACCCCACAGAUAUUUGUGCACACAUUAUUUGAUGGUGCCCGUCCUGAUCCGGGGCGAGUGAUUUUUGUUACAAACAAAAAUGUCCUCAAUGCGCUGCGCGAGAGGCUGCCCUCCAAAGCCGCACCAUCUAAAGCGAGUGCCACUGCAUUUAGCGGAGCAGCCUCGGCGUCGCCCCAGAACUUGAAUGCAGCAACAGGUGUCCAGGGCGUAAUUAACAUUGUUGAACCUCAGCAGUCAUCAUUCGCCGCGCAGGCGGGCGUCAAUGAUAGAAACGACGAAGAUAUCGUGAUGCAAGAGUGUGACCAGUCGCCGAAAGAUGCAGAAAGUCAAGGUGCGCUAAAGCCGACUCAGAACGGAUUUGUCAAGCCAGCGACAGGAUGCAGUAACGAUGCGAACAUGAGCGCUGAGAUGUCAAACGCGGGUGUCCCAAUGCAAGAGGCGGUCUUUGAUAGUCAUCCCUGUUUGGUGAACAAAGUCGGGACAUCAGCGGAGAUUCGUCCCUUGCCUUCGGCAUCCAGUGAGACUGCCGAGAUUGAUAAUCCAGCCAACGUCAAUGUGGCUUCAGGAAGUAGACAAGGUAAAGUGAGGGACGAGAGUCCACGCAAGUCACUACAAGAACCUCCCUUCGAUCCAAAGAUUUUGGCAGAGCUGCCUAAGCUAGAGCAGUUCAUUCCUGAACAGUACUUCCCUGAUACACUCAUGGUGUGCCGGGACAAUGAGGAACCCGUGGAAUAUGUGCGAAUCUUCCCCACGUUUGACAGAGAUGGCAUAUCUUGGGAGCCAAAACGCGUCGGCCGCCUGUGGCUCCCAGAUUUGAGUAUCAUAGGGAGGGGGAACCAUUCGCGCGUACGACGUGCCCCGCUCCAGAUGCCCGAGCCUCUCAGCGCGUAUGGCCGCCACAGGCUCGUCACAGUCGCAGCGAAAACGGCGCUCUGUGUCAUUUCUGCGCGUAGGUUCUUGCGCAAUGAGGCCCUACGAUUCAACGCAUUCCCGAAGCGCCUGCAACAGGAAUGGUGCGGUUACAACCUCGUGACGAAGAUCAGGCACCCUGUGCCCGUGGGGGCGAUAGUGCCCAAGUUCUUCGGAUAUUACGUCCCUCUUGACGCAAAUGGGAAGCCGGACGACAAGACCUGGCAAGAGUACGAUGAGGAAGACGACACUGAGAUUGACGGUCUGAGCCCUGUUUUGCUGAUGGAGGAAUGCGGGAAGCCCGUUCUGCCCGAGAGCUUUACUCUAGAUGAACGCUCGGAAUGCUAUUCGCUCAUGAUACGCCUCCACUUUGCAGGGUUCCUUCAAAACUCAAUGUAUACCCGGAACAUUAUGUGGCAGCCCGGUCCUCUCACGAAGCCGCCUAAGCAACGCUCGCGCAAGACCCCAAGCUUCCGCAUCAUAGAUUUCGGCCGAGGCGAAGACUGGGACGAGUACAAAGACCAGGAUGACGGUAAAGAUCUGGAGCGUAAGAUGAAAGAUUGGAAAGCCCGGGUCGAUGACGAACGAGAAAGCGCCCGCACGGCACUUCUAAUUUCUGAUUACGAUUAUUGA